AUGGGAAAAUGGAUCCAUUUGUUGGCACCGCUAGUUCAUGUUCCUUUGAUGCGUGGGAGCCACUCACACACACACUGGAGAGGUUUUGGAUCGCGAUUCCGAUCCCCUGCGUCCGUGAUUGAUGACCGGCCGUUGGAGCGGGCGCAGACUAGUUAUUUGUCGCAGGCCAGAGACGGUGCAAUCUAA